UCCUCUGCAUUAUUGUAUUUGAUCACUUUAUUCAUAUUCCUCAACGAAUAGUGUUGGUGACUUUAAUCUCAAUAUUGUAACGGUAGAAUCCGUUAUUUUGUCGUACGAUUAAGUGAAAUUUAUAUACGUGUCGUGAUAUAAUUUAUCAAGAAAUAACAUUGUCUUCGUUUAAAGAUGAAGAUUUUUGCAUUAACAAUUGUAAUAAUUUGUUUCUUUACUUUUAGUCUUGCAAAAAUUGAAAUCGAAGAUUCGGUUUUAGUGCUUACAAAAGAUAACAUCGAAGAAGCAAUCGAACAAAAUGAUUAUCUGCUCGUUGAAUUUUAUGCACCAUGGUGUGGACAUUGUAAAGCUUUAGCACCUGAAUAUGCCAAAGCAGCUAAAAAAUUACAAGAUGGUGGUUUUCCUAUAAAAUUAGCUAAAGUUGAUGCAAUUAUUGAAACUGAAUUAGCUGAAAAACAUGGAGUUCGUGGAUAUCCUACCCUUAAAUUUUAUCGUAAAGGAUCAGCUAUUGAUUAUAGUGGAGGUCGUCAAGCAGAUGAUAUUGUAAAUUGGGUAAUAAAAAAAUCAGGCCCUGCUGCUAAAAAUUUAUCAACAAUUGAAGAAGCUAAAUCAUUUAUUGAGUCACAUAAUAUUGCUAUUAUUGGAUUCUUUAAGGAUAUAGAAUCAGAUGGUGCAAAAGUAUUUUUAGAAGUUGGUAAUGCUGUUGAUGAUCAUGUUUUUGGUAUAAGUAAUAAUGAUAAAGUUUUCAAUGAGUACGGAGUAGAAGAUGGUAAAAUUGUUUUGUUUAAAAAGUUUGAUGAAGGCAGAAAAGAAUUUAAUGAAGAACUUGAUGUUAAAAAAUUACAAAAUUUCAUUUCUGUACAUUCACUGCCAUUAGUUGUUGAUUUCAAUCAAGAUACAGUACAAAAGAUAUUUAGUGGUGAUAUCAAAAGCCAUCUUCUUGUUUUUCUUAGCAAAGAAGCUGGUCAUUUUGAAGAAUAUGUAGACAAAAUUAAAGAACCAGCAAAAAAAUUCCGUGGAGAGGUUUUAUUUGUGACAAUUAAUGCCGAUGAAUCUGAUCAUGAACGCAUCUUAGAAUAUUUUGGUAUGAAAAAAAGUGAAGUACCUGCUAUGCGUAUUAUAAAAUUUGAACAAAUUAUGGCUAAAUACAAACCAGAAAAGCCAGAAAUAUCUAGUGAAAAUGUAUUGGAAUUUGUAACUGCAUUUAUUGAAGGCAAAUUGAAAAGGCAUUUUCUUACACAAGAUUUGCCAGAAGAUUGGGAUAAGAAUCCUGUGAAAGUUCUUGUUGGUACUAACUUCCAUGAAGUUGCAUAUGAUAAAAAGAAAAACGUUUUAGUUGAAUUUUAUGCUCCAUGGUGUGGGCAUUGCAAACAACUAGCUCCUAUAUAUGAAGCACUUGGAGAAAAAUAUAAAGACAGUGAAAAUUUAGUUAUAGCAAAAAUGGAUGCUACUGCAAAUGAAUUAAAAGAUGUUAAAGUUAGUAGUUAUCCAACAAUUACUCUUUACAAAAAAGAAACAAACGAAGCUGUAGAAUAUAAUGGUGAAAGAACGCUUGAAGGACUUUCUAAAUUUAUUGAAUCUGAUGGUGCUUAUGGUCAAGCUGCAGAAGAAGCUCAAGAAGAAGAUGAAGAUGAUGAUGUGCCAAGAAAAGAUGAGUUAUAGAUAUGUGACAUAUGAAGAAACAAUUCCAUAGUUUCUCAUAACAACGUUUAUAAAUUUAAUAAUUCUGCUUAAAAGAUAUUAAUUUAUAGAAGACUUCUUUCUCCUCUAUUUCUAUUUUAAUAUUUUUAGACUUGAAUUUAUAAAUCAAGUUUUCAAAUUAUUAUAUGUCAAUUAUUAAAAAUUUAUUUCUGCAAUGUUAUAUAGAAUUUGUUUAUAUAUAUAUAUAUAUAAUUAUUACUAAAUAUAUAUAUAUAUAUAUACAUAUAUAUAAUUAUUAAAUGUGUAUAUAUAUAUAUAUAUAUAUAUAUAUAUAUAUAUAUUUAUAAUAAUCACAUAUACAUAUAAUUGGUAUAAUCUGUUUACAAUGUAUAUUUCGCAUAUGACUGAGUUUCUAAUGUGAUAAAUUGCACAUAGAGAUAAAGCAAUUUGUUUUAUAUGUUUUAGAUUUAAUAGAUAAAAUAAUAUUUUAUCUGAAUGUCUGAUAUGAAGAUAAUCUGUAUAUCAAAAAACUAUUCAAAAAUAUUGUGUUAUUUGCAUCGUUCUUAUCAUUUUUUGUAUGAGUGCCCUCUAAAAACUGUUUAAAAUCUCUAAUGUUUAGAUACAGUAUCUUUGUCUUGUGAUGUUGAUGUAUGAAGGUGUUGAUGUAUGAACUUAUGAAAGAUCAUUAGGCUAAGGAUUUCGCAAAAUCGUAAAACGUAUUUUAUUUUUAUAAAAAAAAACCUUGUUUUUUAUUAAAUAAACACAUACGCGCUCGUACAA